GGCACUCUAAGGAUGUUUAUCUGCGCACAUGUGUGCGUAAUUUGGCAAUAUUUUGAACAGAGAGCCCACUCGAGUAGCGCACUAGAGGCCAGGCAUCCCCAGGAGGCGGGAGAGCGAGAUCGCCCAAACCAUCGUGAGGCGGGAGCGGCGAGAGCGACGACGGCUUGGACGUCGGCUUGGACGUCGGCGGCACGGCGAUGAUCAACGUGCGGUGGCGGAGGCGAUGUGGCCAGAAUGAACGCGGUGGCAACGGCACCUAUGAAAGCUAAGCCGCAGCGGCAUGAUCGGUGGCAGGUGGGGCGGUUGCGACGUGGCACAGUGGUAGCGAUGAUGAUGGCCGUGGCGAGGGGGUGGGAAGUGGACACAGCGGGUGCAAGAAACGAGCCGUCUUGAAGUACCUUAAGGUAUUGGUGAAUGAGGCAGUCGUGUCCGCGACCCAGAAGUUUUGGUGAAUGACGCCAGCGAGGCUUGAGGAAUGAGCCUCGGCUCCAAGUGCGGAGCGGUCGCGCCACUGGCAAAUGUUGCAAUGCAGCAGUGGCGAAAGCGAAGGCAGCGUAGCUGCACCGAAGGCAGAGAUAGCAACCGCGGCGUGAAAUGUCACGGCACAAACGAUCAGCAGCGGGUGCAUGCGUGAUGGCAGCCAGCACGCUGAGAUGCACAACACACCUGUGAUCUAUCGUUUGCAGCAGCGUGAUACCAAUGUAGUGGUGGUGACGGCUGCCUCCGUGGGAGAAGCAAGUCUGCAGAGGCUGCUGGGUACUAUUAGCGCAGUCCGAGCUGCCGAUGGCGACUCGUGGGCGCAUUUUUGUCGCUUCAGUGCGCAGUUUUGUCGCUUCAGCGCGGCGAUGGCAUUGGUUGAUUGACGGCAAUGGCAGUAGCGAUGGCAAUGGCAGUGGCAAUGACGUCGUGCGCAAUGCGGAGAAGGCAUGA